AUGUCCAACUUCGGCGACAAGGCCGCCACGCUGGUGCAGGACAUCAGCCAGUCGGAGAAAGGCACCAUCCCGCCGUACAACGACGAGCUCGUGCGCGCGGUGGUCGACGAGAGCAACGAGCACCACAGGUCCAUCCUCAGGCUCAUCGGGGACAUCCAGGAGCAGGGCACGAGCCUGGACGCGGCGGCGCCCGAGGACGCCGCCGCGAUCCUCGUGCACCACCAGGCGGUGCUCCGAAACAAGCGCGCGCUGCUGGUGUACCUCAACGAGCGCGCGGACAGGGUACGGGCGCUGCGGUGGGAGGUGGGCACCGCGCUGCCGGAGGAUCUGGGCGAGAGCCUGUCGCACAGCGAGCGCGGCUACUUCCAGCAGUACAGCGCUCUGGUCAACAGGUACCAGGGGCGGCGCGGGGGUGUGGGGAUCAACAUCACGCUCGAUCCCACCCCGCCCAAGGAGCACAAGGUGCAGGUGCGGGUGCUGCAGGAGCGAGGGGAGCUCGUGACUCGCGACGGGACGGUGGAUCUUGCCAAAAACACGGUGCACCUGCUGUGGAGGGACGAGGCGCAGCCGCUCAUCACCGAGGGCGUCGUCGAGAUGGUCGUGUGACGCGACGAACGAUGACCUCACCUAAUAAAGACUUAAUCAGUAGCCGAA